AUGCUUCAACACACGAAUAAACUUAUGACAAAUUUAAAACCCACCGCCAGAUGUCUCCUCACCGUCUUCGCCUUAGUAUUUAUGCUUUCGAUUACCACCUUCGCUUUCACGGCAGUGCUGCAGGAUACAAAGAGCGCUGAAAGCACCACGAAUGCACAAGAAAAUGAGAUUGAUGGCGAAAAUGAGGUCAACGCCACAGUGGUGAGAAUAUUAAUGAGCGCCAACGAUCAACGAGCAACAACGAAUGAUGAAAAAGUCAGCAAAUUUUUACUUGUCAACAUAGAACUGCAAAAUGAUACCGAGACACUGUUAGCAACAACAAUAAAGGAGCAGAAACAACAACUGCAACACCAACUAAAUAAACGCGAUGUUAGUAAUACAGCCGAUCAGCAAAAUAACAACAACCAAAGUGCCGUUAAGCAAGGUUACUACGAAGAGCAACAACCGGUAGUCGUACACGCCGAAACGCUGCCUACGCUCGGUCGGCGUCAAGAUAAUUAUGGUGCGCCACCUAGCGCUUAUCAGGAUGCCUAUUAUCCGCGCCCCGCCUCUGCGUACGACGAUGAAGAAGAUGAUGAUGAGUCUCAAGAGGGCGCUGAUGGUUAUCCUUAUGAGCAGCGACCAACAGCGGGUUAUUAUGGCAAUGAUAAUGAUGAUCAGCAUGCGGCUGAGGAGCGUGUUGGUGGGGAGAAUGCGGAGAGCGUGGGUCAGGGACGUGCUGCAGGCAAUUCCGCUUAUGACUCAUACUACAGGCAGUGGCAUUAUGCCACACCAGCACCGGUGCAACGACGGAAUGGCGGUUGGGAGGUCGGUAAUAAUCGGCAGAUGCAGAAUGGCGAACGCGAUCCCUAUGCUGCUUACGAUGCCGAUGGCCCAAUGGAGGAUUACGAGUAUCCUGGUGCACUAACGUCAUCACAAAAACAACAAUAUGAACAACAGCUAUUAAAACGCCAACGACUACAACCUAGACCGCAAAACCGCCCACAACAGACCACUACAAUAGAGCAGCAACAGCAGGCGGUCCAGGGGGCCGACCCGCACAAUCGGCCAACCACUAGCAGCAACAACAACAACAACAACCCGCCCACUGAGAAUUCACUGUUAUCCACAUUGAAAAGCCUCAAAACCAUGUGGGACAUUUACCAGGCGUUUUCUGCCGCUUGGAAUUCGCUCGCGACACACCGACAACAGCAAGAGCAACAACAACAAGAGGCAGCCAAACGUCGUCAACAGCAAAUUGCACAACAAACGCGUAUCAAUUCGAAAAAGCCGCCCAAAAUCGGCGCGAACGAUAAAUACACACAAAGGAAUAACAGCAGCAGCAGCGCGGAGAGCAGCGAGGUGACCGGUGCAACUGCCCCAAAUGCGGCAAAACGAGUUAAGCCAAACAACAGAGCGACUAAAAAUCCUAAAACGACGACAAAAACAACAACAACAGCGCAAAGUACGACCUCAACUGAGUUUGUGACGAGCAGCGAAGUGGAAGAGACGGUUGCCAACAGCAGCAGCAAUGGUGGCAACAAUAGAAACGCGGGCUCAAAGGGUGAUACGAUGGCGCGCCAAAAUGCUCAGGGUAACCGUGAGAAACGUCAAAGCACUGACACCGCUGUGACGGAAUCGACUGAUGUGGGCGAAGGUCGUUACAUCAAAGGCGAUCCGCUGAAGGGCUACUAUGAUUUUGUCAUCACCGAAGGCUCGUACAAAUUCUGGGCUGUUUUUCAGACUGGCACCGCAUUGCUGAUUAUUUACUCAACUUUCGCCGCCAUUUACUACUCGAAAGUAAAUCCAUUGGUGUCCGAUUAUGACUACACCGACUACUUGGGUGGCGCACGAUCGCUGAGCGGUGGCGACGAUGACUUCAUCGAUGAUGACAGUGACGGUGAGAGCGGUGGCAAGCAUGGACGACGCAGCAGCUGGCUGGAUGCAAUGUUGCCACGCGCUGGACGCACAAUGAAAUAUAUACUCGAUGCGCUCGAUAAACUGCCCGUGGAUCAUCGUGAGGCGGACGCAGCGAUGCGUGGCGAACGUGCAGGCGCAGCGACGACAAAUGAGCAGGCGAUUGGUGAAGGCGAUGCAACAGGAAAUGCGUAUGAAAAUGAAAAUGACGAUGACGCUAACGUUGCAACGAGACAAAGCGCGGAGGAAGUAGGUAGCGAAGCGGCGCCUGAAGAAUUGGAGACAACGCAGCGGCAAGUGCGCGCCUAUGCGGCUUGA